AUGGUGUAUCCAAAGAGGAUCAGUAGUGGUAAUGACAUUGUAAUCGAGAUUAAGCCGAAAGGAUUACUCUCGCGAGUAGUGUUGCCAUCCGUCCAACAGAUCCGCAACUUUUCUCGUUCACCGGUGCACCAGUGGAUCACCAAACAGACCCGACUCCGAGUGGUGGACAACAGCCAAUUGGGUCGCGAGGCGAUGGAGGAGCAGAAGAAGGUUAAGUGCAUUCACGUGUACACUAAGAAACGCAACGGUAAACACAAUGUCGGCGUUUUGGGCGACAAAGUGUUGGUCACAAUCAAAGGCCAUAUGAAACGCGGUUAUCUCGUGGGUCUGCGCGCAUACCAGCGGCCAAUGGUUCCCAAGUUUGACAGCAAUAAUGUGGUGCUCGUCGAAGACAAUGGCAAUCCGUUGGGCACACGAGUGGCUGUUCCGGUGCCGCACUAUCUCCGUAGCAAAGGACCAGAAUUGGCCAAAAUUAUAGCAAUUAGUUCCCGAUUUGUUUAGCGUUUCUUAUAAUUAGAUUUUAUUAUAUUAUUGUUUAUUAUAUUUAAAAAUUCAUUAUAAAAUUUAUGUCAAAACACAUGCAAAUCACAAGUUUUCUAAACAACAAAUCAAUCAUAAAAUGGC